CCGGAAAGGGAGCUGGAUGUGUCUGUCUAUCAGUGGGAGCUGUCUGAACGCACGGCGCAUCACCAACGUGCGCACAUUUCACUGCGGACAAUAUCCAGGGACGCUCGUUAGAAUAAACAAUAAUACAUAAGAAACCCGGAAACAAUAACAACAGUAAGUCUGCGGCUCAGAGGGCGGGCCUGCUCGAUGUGUUUUGGGAUGACUUUCUGAAAAAUUCGUCAAGUGUCCGUGUUGACAAUCGGACGGACGCCGUAUAUACUGUACGGAGCCCGGAGCUAGCACCUGGACGGAGGAAGCGGAACACUACGGCGCAGUUUGGACUCCACCACCGAGUGAGUUAAAACGCCAGAAGAGGAGCUCCCGUUUUUCUUCACUUUUCCCUUGAACCGAGGUAUGAAAUAGUCCGGUGAGGGGUGUAAACCUUUUUUUUUUUAUGGGAACGCGGCGAGGAUCUCCGGCAGCUGUCCAUAUCCCCCCUCGAUAGACUGAGAUCCGCACGGAGCUUUCCGCCAGUUUUCACCGACAGCAGCCUGCGAUGAGUUUCUGUGAUCGGCAGAAGUUAACGGACGAGCUCCCUUUCGCUUUAAACGAUCUAUGUUUUUAAUUUUCCCACCGGACAUACCGAUUAUAAAAUGAUCAGAAGAGAAUAACUCUCCACUCGCAUCGAUAAAAAAAAAGACUUCUUCACCCUGCGAGGGAUCUACACUUUCAUUCUAACAUCCGCUGAAGAACUGAAGGAAACGCUGCUGGCUUUGAUUUCCUCAUUUUUGUUGUUUUCCUCUUCAGCUUGUCCGCGAUUUUUAUCUCUGCAUGAAAAGUCAGGCGGAAAGUCUUGCAGCAGCAUGCCGAGGAGAAAGCAGCAAGCACCGCGGCGGUCAGCAGUUUACGGACCAGAGGAUGAAUUGAAACUGGAUAAUAUUGAUGAAGAAGAACAUCUGCAAGAUGAUGGCCUUUCCCUGGAUGGUCAAGAUGCAGACUAUCUUUACCACGAUGACGAGGACGCAGGAAAUCGUUAUAGCUGCGAAAACUCUCCACUCAGCAAUGGCACCAACCCAGACGCUGGGUACGCCUCUCCACUCAGCACCACCAGUGAUCAUCUGGUGGACCUUAAGACCGUGUCCUCCUUUGACGACCAGGAAAAGGUAGAGGAAAAGACAGCGGAGAGCACAGAGUCCAUUAAUGGUCUCUCAAUACAGGACAGUCUGGCAAAAAUGAAAUCUGUCUAUGCAAACUUGAUCUCGGAUGCCUCCUGGUCCAGCAUUGCUCUUGACAUGCUAAAAAGUAAACAAGGGAACAAUUACCCAGCUAGCAAGGACAAUGGGAGCAAUCACAAAGGGAGCAAUGGGAUCCUGAACAGUCACAGCCCAGGCAACAUCCAUCUGAAGAGCAGGUCGAGCACUAGCAACCCCUCAGCCUCUACUAAUAUUACCAUGAGCAGCACCACAACCAGAGCAGUGUCGAGCAACAGUGGCACCAGUGUAAGCUCUGGCAACACAGGAGGAUUGGCCUAUGACUGGCACCAGGCAGCGUUGGCAAAAACCUUUCAACAUACCCCAUACCAACUCCUUCCUGAGCACAGCCUUUUCAGCACCGUGCAGCUUUACAGGCAAAACAGCAAGCUCUAUGGCCCCGUGUUUACAGGUGCGAGCAAGUUCAGGUGCAAGGAUUGUAGUGGGGCCUAUGACACUUUGGUCGGCCUGACGGUGCACAUGAACGAGUCGGGCCACUACCGUGAUGACAAUAAGGAUAGCGAGGAUGAUAAAAGCAGGAGGUGGUCCAAGCCACGUAAGCGGUCUCUGCUGGAGAUGGAAGGCAAAGAGGAUGCCCAGAAAGUUCUUAAGUGCAUGUACUGUGGCCACUCCUUUGAAUCCUUGCAAGACCUCAGUGUUCAUAUGAUCAAAACUAAACACUAUCAGAAAGUGCCUCUAAAAGAACCAAUCUCAGCCCUAACUUCAAAGCUGGUACCCCCAACCAAAAAAAGAGCAUUUCAAGACUUGAUGUCCCCGAGCUCGCCAGAGUCUGUCUCAUCAGGCAUACACAUGGGAGAGCAUCCUAGAGACCAAAGAGUGACCAAUCCUUAUGUCACUCCAAAUAAUCGAUACGGUUACCAGAACGGUGCCAGUUAUACUUGGCAAUUUGAGGCACGCAAGGCCCAAAUUCUCAAAUGCAUGGAAUGUGGCAGUUCACAUGACACCUUGCAGCAGCUCACAGCCCAUAUGAUGGUCACAGGACAUUUUCUGAAAGUAACCAAUUCAGCCUCUAAAAAGGGUAAGCAGUUAGUUUUUGAUCCUAUCAUUGAGGAGAAGUUUCAGUCAAUUCCUCUGCCACCGACUACCACACGACUCCCAGCACCCAAUGGGAGGUCACAGCCCGGCUCCCCACGGCCGCCCACUGCCCCUGAAGAGAAAAAUGAAGUCAUGAAAGAUGAAGAGGCAGAGGAGGAGAAAAUGGAAGCAAUGGAACCAGAGAAAAAAAUAAAAGAAGAGAAAGAAGAUCUUCCCGAAAAAGCUGAUAAACCUAAAAAGAUCAGAUCUUACCAAUAUCUCAGAGAAGAAGACUUGGAAGAGGCCCCUAAAGGGGGCUUGGAUAUCAUAAAGUCUUUAGAGAAUACAAUUUCAAGUGCAAUCACCAAAGCCCAAACAGGCUCACCAACCUGGGGUGGAUACCCUAGCAUUCAUGCCGCCUAUCAGCUUCAUGGAUGCUUUAAGUCUACUUUACCAUCAUGUGCACAAGUCCAGCCUCUGUUCAGCAGCAACAGUUUGAAGCUACUUUCCUCUGAUUUAGGCACACUGAUCCAUUCACCUAAUAGCCCCUCUCCACCGCCCAGUCACAAGAGCAAUGUGCUGGCCAUGGAGGAGCUGGUUGAGAAAGUGUCAGGGAAAACUUCAGUAAAGAGUGAAAUGGAGGAAAAAACUGUACGUAAUAAGUUCAGGUCAACAAAGUCUCCAAUGCCAAAUCCUAAGGACAAACGGGCUUCACCCAAUCCAGAAAAAAGCUCAAGGGCAGGAAAAAAUACUGUAGUAGGGGAUCAGAAUGAAUUGAGACGGAGAGAAGGAGAGCAGGCAGAGAGUAAAGUACAGGCGCAUAUAAAGAGUGAAGUUGAUUCACCAAAAAAACCUGUAAGCAAUGGCUGCAAUAACCUGAGCAUCAUCACUGAUCACUCACCUGAACAACCACUUGUGAACCCUCUUAGUGCUUUGCAGUCUAUCAUGAACAACCACUUGGGGAAAGCUGCAAAAGUGGCUACUCCAUUUGUAGACCCCUUUGCAAUGCUUUAUAAGAUCAACAACCACUCUUCUCAGAUUAAGUCAGCAGAGCCCGUGAGCCAGUGCUGCGAUGAAGAAGAUCAGCCCAUGGACUUGACAAAAUCCAAAAACACCAACGGAAGUACGCCCAAGGGUGCUUCUACACCAAACAACAAUGGCAGCGUCAACAACAGCAAACCAUCUUACAAAGAUUUCUCACAGUCCUCAUCUCCGCCUCUACGGGAGAAUGCUUUGAUGGAUAUUUCAGACAUGGUUAAAAAUCUGACGGGCCGUUUGACACCAAAAUCUACAACCCCUUCUUCCGUCUCUGAGAAGUCGGAUCUUGAUGGCUGUUCUUUUGAGGAUAGCCUGGAGGAGCUGUCUCCCAUCCAAAGACGGAAGGGUCGACAGUCCAACUGGAAUCCGCAGCACCUCCUGAUCCUCCAGGCCCAGUUUGUCUCAUGUCUUAAGGAGACUCCUGAGGGGAAGUUUGCGAUCAGUGACUUGGGACCCCAGGAACGGGUCCACAUCUGUAAAUUCACUGGACUCUCCAUGACCACCAUCUCACAUUGGCUGGCCAAUGUAAAAUACCAGUUAAAGCGGACAGGUGGCACAAAGUUCCUAAAGAGUAUUGACUCUGGCCAACCUCAGUUUUUGUGCAAUGACUGUGCUUCCCAGUUUAGGACUCCCUCCGCCUACAUUCACCAUUUGGAGUCCCACCUUGGGUUCACCCUGAAGGACCUCUCAAAGCUUUCCAUAGAUGUAUUAGAGCAGCAACCAGUUAGCAGAAUAGAGGACAAGACUUUCAGUUCCUCUGGACUUACAGAAGAAGACACUGGCUCAAUAUAUCAGUGCACACUGUGCAAUCGGACAUUUGCGAGCAAACAUGCAAUCAAAUUGCACCUUUGCAAAUCACACGGAAAGUCGCCAGAGGACCACAUUAUCUUUGUGAGAGAGUUGGACAAACAAUGAAGAUCAAGCUGAUAGCAUGACAGAUUACUGUUGCACUAUAACUCUAAGCUACAAUCUGUCACAACAGAUAAUGCCACACCUGUAUUGAAUAUUGUUACAACACAUAUUGUAAUGACAACAUGGUAGCUUUAAUACCACAUACUGUAAUUAUUCUGUUAUCCAUAAAUGGCAGGAUCUUGCACUGCAGAGGCUCAAAGCUACAUUUUCAAAGUAGAGUUUUUGUUGACAUACACGUACCAAAUUGGUGCAGGGGCCAUGGCACUAUAGUCACUGACUGAUUGUUGCUUUCCUAAUGCACUGCAUCUUAUCUGAGCCUUUGGGAAAAGUCCAUCUGUUUUAAAACUGGACUCUUAUUUUGAUGACUGAUUUUGAAUGAUUUUUUCAAGAUGAAUAUAUUUCAACAAAACUUGCAUAUUAUUUAUGAGACAGUUUGUGCAUGUUUUUAUGUAAACAGUAAACAUAUUAUGUCUUACUAAAUUUCAACCAUAAUGACAUUUCCCUGUUUAUCAAAUUGCAGGUUUGGCUGUUUAAAUGAAGGUAUAUGGUUAUAAAAGUAGCCAUCUGAAAUAAGAUGUUCUAAAGUAUUAAGAAUAUUUCAGCACUUUAAGUAAGUGUAAAUUGAUGAAGAAAUGUGUGGCUAAAAUGACAACACAUAACCCUUUUGAGUUUUAAUUCCCUUGUUCAACAUGGCAGUUUGGGGGACAAACUAUAAUAUUAUAUUGUUUUUGCCAUUAAAUCACAGAAAAUCUUAUAAAAUGUUUAGCAUAUUUGUUUCUCUAGUAAAAUAUAAUUUUCUGGUUGUUUCAACAUGUACAGUAUUUGCGUUAGUAGGCUACCGAUUUUAUUAUUGUGAAGCUACAGUUGUAAAAUUAAUGAAGUUUAAAAGUUGUUGUAUGAAUAAUCAGCAAGUGUGUAUACAUGUAUUUCAGCAUAUCUUGCUCUUUGCAGUUCAACAUUAUUUGUACUGUGUGCAUUUUUAUAAUGUUAUUUUCUUGACAAUAAUGGGGGGAAAUGUAAGAAACUACAGAAUAUUGUCGGACCACAUUGUCCUUUUUCAGUGAAAAGUAGGUCCUUCAAUCAUGUGGUUUACAUAAAAUGAAAGAUUUUACCUCCGUCUGCUCUGAUGCACGGUCCUGUACAUAACAUUGAAAAAAUAAAUUCUCACCCAAUGAUAGAUUUGCAGGUUUUAUCAUCAACCCAAUUAUUCAGAAUGGCAUUCUUUUAUCCUGAAAUAAACUCCAUGUCCUGGAUUACA